GGUGACCAUAGGAUGUGGUCUGGCAGCGAACUUUGCUUGCGAUCUGGUCAUUGCAGCUGCCAAUAUUUAUUACCUGAACAUUCGGCGAACACCGUCUCAAAGGAUGGACAAAGCUAUCAAGUUGCUGAUCGCAUACACCUUGAACACAUGUGCUCUUGCAACGGUGUUCACGCUCGUAUGUCUUAUUACGUGGUUGGCAUGCCCCGGCCUCGUCCAUGCUGCCCUUGAGUUCACCUUGGCGCAACUUUACCCAUGCACCCUUCUUUCCCUCCUCAACUCGCGAUGGAGCAUUCGGCGGGCCUUGGAAGGACAGACAGACACGGAUGCCGGCAAAGGCGAGCUCUAACGGAUGGGAUUCAUAUGACAAAAUUCAUAGGCAUGCGGACUUAGACUGGCUCGGACUGUUGGACAUGUGUUCAAGUGUAGCGAUGGAAGUACUGUCAGGUACCGUAUUUAUCCCGGGUCCGGUUCAACGCUGUAUCAUCUGCUUUAUACUCGACAAGACAUUAUUGAGGUUUGGUAACCU